ACUAGACACUCAGUGGCCCCCAGGUCAUUUGAGUUUGAGACCCCUGCUCUAGAUGACAAUGCAGAGACGGAACCACAUCAGCGUCGCGAUGAUGGAGGAUAUUGACACCAACGGGACGUCCACCUCAAAGGAAGUCAGAUCCUCAAACCAGGACCAGCAGCCGCGUGGGUCCAGUGUGAGCUUCCACAACAUCCACUACAGAGUCCAGCCGAAGAGCGGCGCCUGUCGGAGGAAAAGCAGCACCAGGGAAAUUCUGCUGGAUCUCAAUGGGAUUAUGAGACCUGGACUCAAUGCCAUUCUUGGACCCACAGGAAGUGGGAAAUCCUCGUUUUUGGAUAUUCUGGCGGCGAGGAAGGAUCCUGCAGGUCUCUCAGGAGAAGUCCUCAUUGACGGAGCGCCACAGCCUCCAGACUUUAAGUGCCUCUCUGGAUAUGUUGUUCAGGACGAUGUGCUCAUGGGAACUCUGACUGUGAGGGAGAACCUGCGUUUUUCAGCAGCUCUGCGUCUGCACAGCUCUGUGCCUCAGAGCGAGAAGGAGGCUCGAGUCAAUCACCUCAUCAAAGAACUGGCUCUCACCAAAGUGGCUGACUCCAAGGUGGGCACACAGAUGAGCAGGGGAAUCUCAGGAGGAGAGAGGAAGAGGACCAACAUCGGUAUGGAGCUCAUCAUUGAUCCAUCAGUUCUCUUCCUGGAUGAACCAACCACAGGACUGGACGCCAGCACGGCCAAUUCUGUGCUGCUGCUGCUGAAAAGAAUGGCCAGUCAUGGAAGAACCAUAAUCAUGUCCAUCCACCAGCCUCGCUACUCCAUCUACAGACUGUUUGACACUCUGACCUUGCUGGUCAGUGGCAGAAUGGUUUAUCACGGCCCAGCUCCGAAUGCCUUGGACUACUUCGCCAACAUCGGAUAUCCCUGUGAGCCCCACAACAAUCCAGCUGACUUUUUUCUGGACGUUAUUAACGGAGACUUCACCGGUACAGCUAUGACCACAGUGCAUGGUUCUGAGGAUUUGGACUUUGAGGAGCUCAGCAAACACAGGCAGAGUAUCGAGGAGCGUCUCAUCGGGGAGUUUAAAAACUGCAGCUACUCCAGUGACACAAGGGCAGAGCUGGAGCGCAUCGUCCACGAUAAAGAGUGUGUCUCGCGUCCAAAGUCCCGCACCGUCACCUACAACAGCUCCUUCUUCCACCAGCUGCACUGGGUUCUCAGAAGGACCUUCCAGAACCUCAUGUUGAACCCCCAGACAUCUGUCGCACAGGUGGGAGUCAACGUUUUCCUCGCUCUUAUUGUCGGAGCCAUUUUCUUCAGAAUCAAAGACGAUCAGAGCGGGAUCCAGAACAGGAUGGGAGCCCUCUUCUUCAUCACGACCAAUCAGUGUUUCAGCACGGUGUCUUCAGCCGAACUCUUCAUCACUGAGAGGAAACUCUUUGUACACGAGUACAUCAGUGGCUACUACAGAGUCUCCGUCUACUUCCUCUCUAAGAUCCUGUCUGACAUCACUCUGCGCACCGUCACCUCUCUGAUCUUCAGCUGUAUCGUCUACUUCAUGAUCGGGCUCAAAUCCACAGUCGCAGCCUUUGUCGUGUUCACGCUGACGGUGACACUGGUGGCCUACACAGCCACGGCCAUGACCAUGGCCAUCUCUGCUGACCAGAGCGUCGUGGCUCUUGCCAACAUCUUCAUGACCAUCACCUUUGUCUUCAUGAUGAUUUUCUCAGGUCUCCUGGUGAACUUACCCACUGUCAUGGAUUGGUUGGCUUGGCUGAAGUACUUCAGCAUUCCUCGCUAUGGCCUUGCAGCGUUGGAGAUCAAUGAGUUUGUGGGUUUGAAGUUCUGUGAGGAGCCCGUGAUCCGAAACACCAGCACGUCGACUGAAAUGUCCAACUGCAGUGUGAGCACAGCUGGACUCACAUGUACAGGAGAGCAGUAUCUGGAUUACCUGGGAAUCGAGCACACCACCUGGGGACUGUGGGAGAACCACGUGGCCCUGACGGUCAUGUCCGUUAUAUUCCUCAUCAUCGCCUAUCUGAAACUCCGCUACAUCAAGAAAUUCACUUAAAACGUUUGAUUUGGACUUGAAUGGAGAAUCAAAGCAUUUCAGAACCAACAGUUGCAUUGUUACCACUCGAAAACCCUUACGUUUACGUUAAUGCAACUUUUACAGCAACUACUACACGUUAUUUUUCAUUUAUUUGAGCCCACAAGAGGAUUUUGUCAAGUGUAGACAUACAAAUACUUCAUAUGGGCACAGAUUUCUAAUAUUUCAAUGUUUACAUUUGUUGUAUUAUUUCUUUUAAUCUGACUAUGCCUUUUUACA